AUGGCUUCCAUAGGACAAGAGAUUGAUUCAUCCAUAAGUGAGAGUAAUAUUCUCCAGUAUGGACGCCGUAGCCCAAAGCCAGCGGCAAAGACUCCGGACCAAAAUGAGCUCCUGCGCCCAUCAUCUCACCCGGAAACAGAUGAGCCGGGAUCUACCAGUGCUGAGACAGAAUAUCAGCACGGCGAUCAUGCCAAGCCGGUUUCUAAACGUUCUACGAGAGGCGCUACAGAAUCAUACAGCCAAGAUACAACCCCAGGCACGAGCAGCGGCAGCAGAGCAGCAUCGGCGCUAGUCCAUCAGCCAGAGGAUCCUCCUUCUUCAUCACUUGCGAGUAGGUUUCUUUGGGAGCGUAACGAGCGGGCUCCGAAGACCAAUAUCGCCAAAUCCUACAGGGGAGCUAAGCAAAAGCCGAUGGGCACCCGGGGAAGCAGAGGAUCAGAAAGAACAUCACAACUAAGCGGAAAGCACGAGAGCGACGACCUACAGCUGAACAAUGAGGAUAUUAUGUCGGAAAAUUUCUCAAUGCCUGAUAUGGAAGCUCGAGAUUCAGAUGAUUCAGAUGAUCUACGCGACUCGGAAAAUAGCUCUUCCUCGGAUGAGGACGACAAUGCAAGUAUCUAUAUCAAGUUUCGCGAUCCCGAUACUAUAGAUUCAAAGGGCCGUUUCCUAAGUCCGAUUGCGGAAUCCGUAUGGGGUAGUAUGAAAGCACGGAUGGAAGAGUAUUGGAGCCCGAUCGGGCCAAGCACUCCCAAGAGAGGUGCGACCGCCUCAGGAACGGGCAUAUCUGCUAGCUUUUGCAGUCCGACAAGGAUGGGAAUCAGAGAAACCUCAAGCUCGUGCACAAUCAUUGCGCAUCUCUCAACGAUUCAAGCUUGA